AUGUCCUCUUUCACUCAGAUUUGUCGAUUGAGUAAUUUCUUUGUAGGAAAUUAUAAAUGUAUUCUAACUGGAAGAACAAAUUGGUUGACCCCGGUCCAAGCAUGCAACUAUACGAGGAAAUCGGCAGAGGAAAAGUUGGGGUUAGAAAAGCCCAAACGGCCUCUGACCCCAUUCUUCAAGUUCAUGACACAGAUGAGACCGGCAUUGCUAGCUAAAAACCCAGGGAUUUCUUCUAAAGAAGCUAUUUCGUGGACAUCUAAACACUGGCAGCAAUUGGACCUAGAGACAAAAAAUCAAAUGGCUAAGGAAUAUGAAAAAGACCUAGAGGACUAUAAGAAAAUCAAAGCAAUGUAUGAUUCUUCGCUCACAGAUAAACAAAAAGAAGACAUAAAAAGGCUGAAGGAAGAAAUGGCUGUGGCUAGGGAAAAAAGAAAACUAAAAGCUGAAUAUAAAGAGCUUGGACGUCCAAAGAAACCAAUGUCAUCCUAUUUCUUAUACAUUCAAUCUAGAAAAGACGGUUUCAAAGGCAAAGAUUUAAAACAAUACCAAGAGGAAGCCAAGAAGGAUUGGUUGAAAUUGAGUGAUGCUGAUAAAGCUAAAUUUGACAAACAGGCUACUGAACUGAUGGCUAAGUACAAGAAAGAUUUAGAAGCAUGGGAAAUUAAAAUGAUUUCAAUGGGUCGCGCCGACUUGGUCCGUAGCAAGCCUUUACGAGAGAAGAAGCCAAAGGCUGAGGCAAAAAAACAAUAG